GUGCUUCGUACGCUCCUUUCUUGUAAGGAUAGAGUGAGAUUGUUAUAGAGGUUAAACACUGGAGUGUUACAGCUCUCUGCGCUAAAUAACAGGAAUUUAAUCGUUUACGAGCGUGUAGUGGUUAUAAAUACGCACGAUAAUACAUCACAUACUAUACAUAACUUGACUUUUUAAAUUUAAACUGCAUAACUGUACACUAGUGAUCAUGGAUACUGCGCUUUGUUCUACAUGUGUUUUAAUGCUUCUGGCGUCGGUCAAUAUAGGGACGUCCCAGACAACGACUUCAGGUACAACACAGACGUCAUCGACGACGACGGAGGUUAUCAACUCUUCGGUAGCGACACCAUCUACUGCAAUAACAUCAACGCUGUCCAAUGUACAGUCAACAUUAACAGAUUCAUGCACGGCGACAAGCUGUUCUUCCUCAACAGUGUUGUCUUUGUCAACGACAGCGACCUAUGCUACUAAUUCGCCGAUAGUAAGCGUCGAUGCAGACCAUGAAAACAAAACCGGGCUUAUCACACUGUCGCCGACGCAAUCUACUACAGGGUCCGUAUCGGCAAUAAAUGCAACGUCUACACAAUCAAUUGCCAUUACCACAUCCAAUACUAACAUAGCUGCUUCGUCAGCUUCGUCAAACGACACAGCGACAGCAGUACAAACGAGUUUCAGUUCACUGUUAUCAAUAGUGUCAACACAGUCACCGGGUUCUACAAGUAUAACACCAACAGCCACCUUGCCAUUAGUGCAAUCAUCGUUAUCUUCAACAGUUCCUCCAGUACCAACCACUAGUUCAGAUAUAAAAUCAAACUCAACUCUUACUAGCAUAGCCCCUUCCGGCAACGUUACCAUAUCGCCAACGACAAGCGUUUCAGCUCAAACCAGUACUUCCGUUAUUCCAACGUCCAUCAGCGUCGCAACGCAGACGAGCACUUCUGUUACUACUAGCAGCAUUACCAUAUCCCCAGCGACAAGCAGCAUUGACACAUCUACUACACUUGAAACGACCAUACCCACCGUUAAGACACCACCAGAGACGCCCAAUGAAGGACCCCAUAUGCAGAUGUCGUCGGGUCUUUCCGGUGGGUCUAAGGCCGCCAUUGGAAUAUUCGUGACCCUUGCUAUCAUCAUAGCUAUAGGAACAUUGUUAUAUAUGCGCAAAAGGCACUGGUGCAGAAGCAGGGGAACCAACACCAACACCUCUAUAGCCUACAAGUCCUGGAAGUUCUCCGACGACGCAUAUGGGUCAGUGUCGUUGGGCCAAUAGCCGCCAUGCUGAUGAACCACCUGACCAUGAAUGUAGCGGACCAGAAAUCCACACUGACUCUCAUGGAUGAUAAUUUAGUCUCAUCAUGUGAAAAUGGGUGGGAUGCCAUAUGCGGGAAGCCUAACUCACAACCAACCUGUGGAUUUGUGCAGUCUGGUCACAGCCAGUCAAUUAGCGCAGUUUGAUUAGAAGCUAACCUGUCGACUAAUAAGACCACGAAACCUUUCGUUACAUAAUAGCAGACAUUGUAGCUCCUGAUCAGACUACGUCGGUGCACAGGCUGGUCCCAAGCUACACUGGCCUCAUAUGGCAUAAUACCUAUUUCCUCAUGACACAGCUCAAAUAUAACAGCUGAAUAGCAUGUCCAAGAAACAGGUACAGCGUAUGUGCCGGAUGUGCCAGUGUUUGGCUUCCCAGACGUUUACAGAAAUAUUCAACAGCAUUGCAAUAGCUGUCAUUACGAAAAACAGCUAAUUUAUAUUUUAUGUUGUAGAGUUACCAUAUUCAAUCAUUGUCAAUAUUUGUGAAAACCAUAUUUGUGCAUAAUAUACAUAGACCAUUCCGUUGCUUAGCAAAUAUUUCAACAUUAAUGGACCAAUUAUCAAUUGAAUGAGAAAAUUAUAUUGCUUUGAGUGUGUAAAACAUUAUUUCCAAAUCACAGACACAAGUUAUAGUCCACUAUCUAUAACACAUGUUUAAUCCCAAAAAUGACAAGCAGUUUUUAAGCAUUUGGAGUAUACUGAUAAAGGUGACAUGUUUGUUUUUAGAACACCCUCCUAUCAUUCACUUAAUUCUCUCAUUCAAGCAAUGAUGUGUCUAGGUUUGAUGUAAGAUUUAUUUACUUUUAAUAUAGGCCGUGCUCUGUGAAAAGGGGGUUUAAUUCAUGUGCGUAAAGUGUCGUCCCACUGAUUACCCUGUGCAGUCCGCUUUUAUAUGUCUUGUUUCAAGAAAGUCUCUUCUUAGCAAAAAUCAAGUUAAGGCGGAAAGUGUUGUCCCUGAUAAGCCUGUGCAGUCUAGGACGACACUGUAUGCACAUGCAUUAAACGCCUUUUUCACAGAGCACGGCCCAUUAUAUAUCUACACAUGACAUCCUGCACCUGUGUUUUCACAGACAAGAGUAUAAAUGGAUGAUGAUCGAACCUGAUUCUAACCUUUUACCACUUAAGAGACGUUCUUUGACGCACUUGUAGACCCUUGGAAAGUUAAAUUAAAUUAAAGACCUUUCUUACUAGAUUCAAGCUUUAAAGGCUUAAUUACCAACCCCUAGAUAUUGGUGAGCAGCAAACAGCAUAAAACCUGAACAGACUGUGAGUUUCUCCCAGGCUGUUCUGGUUUUAUGCUGUUUGCACAUAGCCUUUUUCACUUUGAGUGAGAAAGGGUUAAACCUGCAGAAAGGGCCUGGCUUUCGAAAUGUUAGACGCACAACCUACAUGUUUUAUUGACUAAAUGCUCUUAAUUUGUUUUGCUAUAAUUUCAUAUUGAUAGAGCUAUUCUAUAUCUCAUGCAAGGAAGCAAUUGGUUUCAUAUAUGUCCACUGGUUUAUUAAUAUUUUGCCACUAAAUUAUAAACAGUGUCUAUUUGAUUAUUUAAUUGGAUACCUAUAAACAAAAAUGCUUUUUUAAAUGGAUACCUGCUUAAGCAUGUAUUUAAUAAGUGCUUGGAUCUUCUGGUAGAUAUAUUAAUAUGCUGUACAGUUACAAUUGACUACAUGUAAUUGAUAUAUGUUUUGUAUGUGCUGCUUAUAUGAAACUCAAUUUAUGCUUUUGUUACAAUAAAAGCAUCUAAUUUUUGUAAAAGAAAACACAUGUUAGGAAUGUGGCUAGUAGCAGAGAAUGCUGUAUGUUUAUGAUGUUUGAUUAUUUGAAAGUGCAAGUAUCAUCUUCGGUUAUGAGCUGACAAUGGCAAUCAGUUGUAUCAUUUUAACAGAUUGAAUUGAAAUAUUGAGCUGUAAAAAGAUGUUUUCUAGUCAAUAUUAUAUCGGUAAUAACCGCACGCCUCUUUCAUACAAGAUUAGUUUUAGUAUACGUAACUUAAAAAAUAAAACAACUUUUUUUUUGCUGUAGAUAUGAACAAUGUUUGUGUGUCCAUAAAGUGAAUGUGUAUUUGAUGACGUUAUAUUGCAAAUAAAUGCUUUUGAUAUAA